AGAUGAGACAAAACUCAAUCCUGCAAACACCCUCAGGGGGAAGAGAGAGCCUAUUGUCCAGGAACAAGUCGCAAGUCGAUUCUUGAUAAUAUUACGGUUCUAUUAUUGUAUUUUGGGAAGGGGGUUCGUUCUCGUUUCGUUCGAAGUCUGCAUCUCGCCAUGGGUACUUUCCAGGUCAAACCCACGACGGGCUUUUCGUCAAGGAUGCGCGAGAAAUUCCAGCGCCAGGUGCAUUUACAUAAAUCCGUCGUGUUCGUCGAGGACAAAAGCCGAAAAUACGAAUUUGUCGACAAUAAUCUCUGCUGGGUCCCCGAGUCGCCUUUGAUCGAGCGACGGCAGCUUUUGCACACCGAUGAAAGACAGCUACGCCAGGCGUGCAGGUUGUUGUGUCAGAGAAUUGAGAAGGGAGAGCUUGCGCCGGAGCCAAUGCCACAGUUUAAGCAACGAUCACAGUCACAGUCACAGCCAACUGCGAAGACACAAACGAGUAGCGAUCCUCCCAGAACGAAGAAGAAUAAUCCCGAUAUCGACAAUAUCAAUCGCUCGGCAUCAAACCGACCUACAAUAACCAACGAAGAAACGCAACCGACAUUGAAACGCAGCGACACCACCACCGCGACAAAUCAUGGAAGUAACACUACUUCUUUGCCCGUCAUAAACGAGAUGUUACGCGGGCUAGAAAGUGACUUGGAAGCGCGCCAUAACGAAAACAACGCCGAGAAAAAAAACCAUUCCGAUCUACAUAGCACAAGCACCAUAAUAGAGAACAAUCUCCUUACUUCCAAUAAUCCCACGUGCCGGAAAUGCUCCGCUUUUGAAGAUGAUGCAUCACCACAGCAUAUCGAAAAGUUGAAUCACCUAACUUCUACCCCAACAGUGUCGGAUACCUGUACCUCGUUUGAGAAAAAAUCCGGCCUUAUGCGUCGUUUAUCGCUUCUUUCGUUCGGGAAACGCAAAUCCGGGAAUACAGAGAAGAAUACGAAUACUAUCCCACCGAAGAAUACGGUUGUUGAGGUGAAGUGAUCGCGGUUUUAUCAGCUGGCAGGAAUAUUUAUAUAUAAUGUGGUUGCGUUUAUAGUGUCAUGGUUUAUACCCUCAGCAUUUCGAUGGCGCGGUGUUUGGUUAAGGGUGAAUUAUUACCUAUAGUAGUAUGGUCUUUAUCUUAGGCCCUUCUCAUCCUACCUUUGACUUGGUGGUGCUUAAUUUUCCUCCUCCAAUUCAUGUGAUACGUAUUCAAAAGAACGCGGCUUAGAGCACAGGUGACUCCUUAUUUGCCUUGUCGGUUAGGGAGACACGACAUGACAAGAUGCAAGCUAAUCUGAAUAAUAUAAGCCCCAUGAAAACACCAUGUUCGUCUUUAUGUAGUGGAACAACAAGAUAGUUAGAUAGGAAUAGCUAUAAAGCGCACGUACGUCUAUUUGUUGUCAGAGUCUGCCAGGUCACCAGUAAUAGCCUAGCAUUUGCAUGGUGCGAAUUCCACCACCACCUCUGCAG